GCCUUCCCAAUAAUUGGAAAUAGGGCAAGUGGCAGAAGCACAGGCGGGGGAAGCCAGCAACAUGCGGAAGCAUCUUGAUGAUGAAGAUUAUGUGGCAGACUCAAAGCCUUUGGCUAUAACAUCUACAUCAAAUGACACUUCUCCAAAAGCAGGACAAACGAACAAGAAGACAGCUGCAGCAAUCGCAGCUGAGGUAGCUGACAAACUUACAGCUUCUAGCUCCUCUCAGUAUAUCAUGUCAUCUGUCCUCUCUUCAUUUGCUGCAGAGGCGGCAAAAACUGCCGGGCUGUCAAAAACUUCAUCGCUUCCAGCCACCAACAAUUCUAUUUCACAUCCAGAAAAGUCUCUAUCAGAUUCAAAUGUUUUAAUGCCAGCACAGCCACUUAAUCCUCCGCCUUAUCAGUCAAUGUUGGUUCCUCAUCCCACAGUGCAUAGUCAAAUGCCAAAUUCUCAGGGUCAAUAUCAUUCACUUCCCAAUCCAACACCCCAGCAGUAUUUACAGCCAUCGGCAGGAAUGGUGAGCCCUUACGGUUAUGGGAUUCCCGCCUUGCCGUCUGUACCACCUCCUCCAGCACCUCCAUCGUAUAUGACUUCAAUGGUGCCUUUAACACAGCAACAAUUGUCAAUGGUGCAGCAGCAGCAGUCUUUAGCACAACAGCAACAAGUACCAUUACCUCAACAAGCUCUACCUCCUAAUUUCCGUCCUUUGCAACCUCCUGGGAUGGUAUACUAUGCUCAACCGCAUCAUUCACAAUGAGGAACUCUUCGUUUGACUGUCAAAGAUCGUAUAAGAAACAACAAAUUUCAGGACACUAAGUGUUAUAUGCUGGAGAAGAGCGGCUGAUAGUGCAGGUAAUAGAUUACCAUUAGUGCUUAAUUUUCCAUCUUCAAGUCUGUUUAGAAAUCUGUGAUGGUUAGUGUCUUUAUCCAGUGUUGUCAUAGUUGUUCCUUUGCAAUUUUUCCCCCCUCAUUUUCUGUUUUUCCUUUUCAGCAUACAUGUAACACUAACAUGACGGCUAAGAGGCUGCUGACAAUUUUGUAUUACUAGUUAAACAUGAUAAAAGGACUUGGCUGGCUUUUUUCUCUUCUCA